GUGGAUUUCUUCUUCCCACAUUCACUUCUGAUCUGAUUCUUUUCCCCACUUUCAGAACAGUAAGAAGGUUGAUAGAGUGAGAGAGAAGAAAGACUGCCACUCAACAAAAAGAGCAAGAAAAACCUCUUAGACACGUAUACACCCUUACUUUCUACCUCAGAAAUAACCAUUCUUCAAUCGUUUUCCAUUAACUGAAGAAGGAUCUUCGCAGUUGCAGCCAUCUACCAUGGUUAAGUCAGAGCACAAGAUCAAAACAGAACCAUCAACAAAGGCAAUGCGGUCUAUAUCCUCGUUAUCAGCAUCAUCACCAGCACCAGUUCCAGCACCAGAUAGCAAGAAGAAGAAGUACAAGGGAGUGAGAAUGAGGAGCUGGGGGUCUUGGGUUUCAGAGAUCAGAGCACCAAACCAGAAAACAAGAAUAUGGUUAGGCUCUUAUUCAACCCCAGAGGCUGCAGCUAGAGCCUAUGAUGCUGCACUUCUGUGCCUCAAAGGCUCCUCUGCUAAUUUUAAUUUCCCUUUAAGCUCUUCACAAUAUAUUCCUGGAGAUGCUGUCAUGUCCCCCAAAUCAAUCCAAAGAGUUGCUGCAGCUGCUGCAAAUAGUUUCAUUGACAAUGCCACCAUUCCCCCUUCUGCAUCUCCAGCUUCAACCUCAUCAUCAUCGUUGGUCUCAUCCCCCUCGAUGGCCUAUUCUCCUUCGGAUCAAGUCGAUGAUGAUGCCUCACUGAUAUCGUCUCUGGAAACCUACACCAGUUAUGGUCAAGCAAAUGAAUCAAUGGCUAUGAAUGAGAUGGAACCUUGGUACACUUUAGAUGAUCUUCAAUCCCCCAAAUAUGUUGAUCAGAUGUUAAGUGGUGCUUUCUUUGAUGUUGAUUCGUCCCAUCUGCUCGAUGAUCUAUACGAAGAAAGCGACAUCCGUUUGUGGAGCUUCUGCUGAGAAAAACUCCAGCCAACUCCAAUAUUUCUCUUUCCCAAAAAUUCAAUUCGUUUGUCUUCAGUGGUACAACUUGAAGAUGUUACUGACUGUGACCAAAUUAAUUUUUUUUACCCUAUGCUACAUAAUAGUUCAUAUUAGAUGAAAUUCAUAUAGAGAUAAGAAUUUUUGGUCUCUCUUAUGUGGAUUUCUAAGAGUUUGAAAUUAUGUAUCAUUGAUGAAAAGCUUGUAUGUCAAUGUCAUGAAUGGUUUCCCAUGUGUCACAGAAUAAAGGGAGAAUUAAAAAACAUGCAGUAGUCAUCAAUAUCCUUAGUUAUAAGCAAUUCCUUUCACUGUUAUGGGAGAAGACUUUUGCUAUUGAGUAUUAUUACAAGGAAUUUGGCAGGGCCUUUGUUGCAUGGGAAGGUAUCAGAGAUGCUUAUUUCCAAUUCAGUGAGAAUAGGAAACCAUGUACAGAGCGUGGUAACUUGAAACCAUUGGAAAAAGCGUCUUUUCUAAGCAGUGUCAGCAGCUCUCCUGCGUGCCCAAAGAACAAAGACUGUUCCCUUGUUUUGAUGUCUAAGUUUGGUAUUUUAUACCUUAUUCUUCUCAUAGAAGAGAAUAAGUUCAGUUUAGUUUCCAAUUCGUGUAUAGUGCAUAGUGAUAAAUCUUGGGUUAGAAUUUGGGAAUGCUUUUAAUAAUUGAGUUGGUGAAGGCAAAAAAAUAAAUAAUAAUAAUUGAAUAUCAAAGCUGAUUUGAUUG